GAAAUAGCAAGGUGACAGAGUCUCAGCUGUGCGUGUGCUGCUGCAGAGACAGCGCAAGAGAGCGUCUCAUAGGGACCCGAGCAACAUGUCCAGACUUUUAAACACAGUUAAUUUGCAAUUAAGAAGAGAUUUUAACUUCUACAGGAAGUUGAGGGGAGUCACGGUGAGGAGUUUAAGCUGUUCAUUGCGGAGAGAAACUGAGGAGAAAAGUGAUGGAGGUGUAGGUGCUCUGGGGAAGAGACUAAAGGAUACAGCGGAGACUCUGAUCAUCGGAGGAGGAUGUGUAGGUGUGAGUCUGGCCUACCACCUGGCCAAAGCCGGACAGAAGGACGUGGUGCUUUUGGAGAAGUCUGAACUGACUGCUGGAUCCACCUGGCAUGCUGCUGGGCUGACCACGUACUACCAUCCAGGGAUCAAUCUAAAGAAGAUUCAUUAUCACAGCAUUAAGCUGUAUGAGCAGCUGGAGGCAGAGACGGGUCAGGCAGUGGGUUUCCAUCAGCCAGGAAGUGUGAGGAUCGCCUCGACUCCGGCCCGAGUGGACGAGAUGAAGUACCAGAUGACCCGAACUCAUUGGCACCCCACACCACAGUUCUUUAUCAAACCUGAGAAAGUUCACGAGCUCUUCCCUCUGCUCAACAUAGACAAGGUGUUAGCAGGUCUCUACACUCCCGGUGAUGGACACAUCGAUCCAUACUCUCUCACCAUGGCUCUCGCCGCUGGUGCUCGGAUGUACGGCGCCCAGAUCUACAGCCCUGCCCCUGUGACCGGUCUCGUCCCCACACCCGAUGGCAGAUGGGAUGUCCGGACGCCUCACGGGACCAUUCGCGCCAAUCGCAUCGUCAAUGCCACAGGUUUCUGGGCACGGGAACUUGGUCAGCUGAUUGGUCUGGAGCAUCCCACCAUUCCUGUCCAUCACCAAUACGUGGUGACGGCGACGAUUCCUGAAGUGAAGGCCCUGAAGCAAGAGCUGCCUGUCAUACGGGACCUUGAGGGUUCGUAUUACUUGCGUCAGGAGAGAGACGGUCUGCUGUUCGGCCCCUACGAGAAGGAGGAGAAGAUGGUUCUGCAGGACUCGUGGGUUAGAGACGGGGUCCCCCCAGGUUUCGGUAAGGAGCUGUUUGAAUCGGACCUGGACCGCAUCAUGGAGCAUGUGGAAAUGGCCAUGGAGAUGGUUCCCGUUCUCAAGCACGCCGACAUCAUCAACAUCGUGUCUGGACCGAUCACAUACACCCCGGACCUGCUGCCCAUGUUGGGGCCACAUCAGGGACUCCGUAACUACUGGACCGCCAUUGGCUUUGGGUAUGGCAUCAUUCAUGCGGGUGGAGUUGGAAAGUUCCUAAGUGACUGGAUCAUGAGCGGAGAGCCUGCUUAUGAUCUGAUUGAAUGCGACCCAAACCGCUACGGCAAGUGGACCACUGUGCCGUACUUGUGUGCCAAGGCCAGAGAGUCGUAUGGCUUUAACAAUGUGGUGGGUUACCCUAAAGAAGAACGCUUUGCUGGUCGUCCCACUAGCAGAGUUAGUGGACUCUAUGAGCACCUGAAGGAUAAAUGCUCAAUGGGCUUCCACGCAGGCUGGGAGCAGCCACAUUACUUCUACAUGGCAGGCGAUGAUGUGGGCUACAAACCCAGUUUCAGAAGGACAAACUGGUUCGGACCAGUCGGCCGAGAGUGCAAACUGGUAAUGGAGAAAGUGGGAGUUAUUGAUCUUUCACCAUUUGGCAAAUUCACGGUCAAAGGGAAGGACGCGCACAGGCUGCUGGACCGACUGUUUGCCAACACUAUGCCAAAGGUGGGAUUGACUAACAUCAGUCACAUGCUGACGCCGAGGGGGCGUGUCUAUGCUGAGGUCACCAUCACUCAGGUCGCACCUGGAGAGUUCCUGCUCAUCACUGGCUCGGGGUCCGAAUUGCACGAUCUAAGAUGGAUCGAGAGAGAAGCAGCUGAUGGCGACUAUGAUGUGGACAUUACUAACGUGACCGAUGGCAUCGGGGUGCUGGGAGUGGCGGGCCCGAACUCUCGCAAAGUCCUGCAGAAACUCACAGACGAAGACCUGAGCGACGCCGCCUUUAAAUUCCUCCACUGCAAAUCCAUUCAGCUGGCUAAGGUCCCGGUACGGGCAAUACGGAUAUCCUACACGGGGGAGCUCGGGUGGGAGUUGUACGUGGACAUGCCAAAGCUGGCAGAAGUAUACCAGGCCAUAAUGGAGGCUGGUAAAGAGGAGGGCAUUGAUAACUUCGGCACUUACGCCAUGGCCUCCCUCAGACUGGAAAAGGGCUUCCGAGGCUGGGGAGCUGAGAUGAACUGUGACACAAAUCCUCUCGAGGCUGGUCUGGAUUACUUCAUCAAACUCAACAAGCCAGCAGAUUUCAUUGGAAAGAAGGCAUUACAGGAAAUCAAGGCUCAGGGACUAACGAGGAAGUUAGCGUAUCUCACCAUGGAUACGGACAACGUGGACCCUGAGGGCAAUGAGACCAUCUGGCACAAUGGGAAGGUGGUUGGGAACACAACCUCUGGAGCGUACAGCUACUCGAUUCAGCAGAGUCUGGCGUUCGGUUACCUGCCCAUUGAACUGACCACUGUUGGUCAGAAGGUCGAGGUGGAGCUCCUGGGCAGGAAGUAUCCAGCCACGGUGGUUCAGGAGCCGCUGGUACACACCGAACCCACCAGAACACGUCUGGAAAAAAAGAAAAAGAGCGCAGCGUGAAGUACAGUACGAACACUGGACCUCAGCUUUGUGACCGGAAAACAAAUGAUACUGAAUCAUACAAUAAUAAUGAAAUAAAACCAAACCAUGACUCUGUAAAGUACAAUCAAAUGCAAUUUCUUGCAUGUAUUUCUUUAAAAAAAAAAAAGAAAAAAUAUCAAUGAGCUAAUUGUGGCCCAUUAAAGUUCAUUGUUUAAAUUUUUAAAAAACGAACUUUUUGUUUCGAACACCGUGGGUUCGUUCACACGCUUUUCACAAUCUUAAAUCUUAUGCUGCAUCAACGAAGGCAAACAGAAAAAGCUUGUGUGUCUGGCAGAUUUGAAGCAGUUUGAUUGGGCAGGAAUCAGUUGCUGUACUGAAGCAACAUGGAAUAAAACUGUUUAUUAUUCUGUCGAAUGGGAAAACUGGAAACCGGCAAAACAAGUUUAACCUAAAAGAUCAGGAUCGGUUCAGGGACUUUAAUGAUGGCCAUGAAGCAGGCAUACUGUAUCAUUUCUUUCUUUCAACAUAAAACAGUGAAAUUUUGGGUAUUUUUUUUUUUGUCCAUGAUGCACAAUAAGACUAAAUCAAAACAUCAACAAAUUAACCGCUAGCUUGAUUAUUGCUGCAGAUCGUUACCUUCAUAUUGUUUUCAUAUAAUUUCUGUUUAUUAAUUCUAAUCAGUGGGGUCACGGUGGCUUAGUGGUUAGCACGUUCGCCUCACACCUCCAGGGUUGGGGGUUCGAUUCCCGCCUCCACCUUGUGUGUGUGGAGUUUGCAUGUUCUCCCCGUGCCUCGGGGGUUUUCUCCGGGUACUCCGGUUUCCUCCCCCGGUCCAAAGACAUGCAUGGUAGGUUGAUUGGCAUCUCUGGGAAAUUGUCCAUAGUGUGUGAUUGCGUGAGUGAAUGAGAGUGUGUGUGUGUGUGCCCUGUGAUGGGUUGGCACUCCGUCCAGGAUGUAUCCUGCCUUGAUGCCCGAUGACGCCUGAGAUAGGCACAGGCUCCCCGUGACCCGAGGUAGUUCGGAUAAGCGGUAGAAAAUGAAUGAAUUCUAAUCAGUAUUAUAGAAUAGUGUUUUUGUUUACAUGUAGAAUUCAUAUCUACUUUGGUCGAUAAAUAAUCAUUUUAAGCAGUUAAAUAGAGAAAGAACUCAGUUUUGGUGCCUAUAACUGACCUUAAGGGUUUAUUUUUUUGCAUUUAAUUAAAGGAACCAAUGAUCCUAUGACUGGUCUUACACUACAGUGUUCCUGUAAAUGUGAAUAAUAAUUCUUUUUCUUUUUCCAGUUUUUGAAUAAACUUAUUCUCAUCAUUA